GGGGAGUGGCCCGGCCCGGGAGAUGCCGGCGCUGGUGGCCUUCGGGAGGCGCUGGGGCCUGGCCGGUGACGACCUGGUCUUCCCCGGGGCCUUCGAGCUGCUGCUCCGGGUUCUGUGGUGGAUUGGGAUCCUGGUUUUGUACUUGACGUACAGAGGCCAACUUGACUGUAAACAUGGAAGAAUUCUCCCCAGCUAUCUUUUGGUCUUGAUUGUCCUUUUGGCUGCAAUCAUAGUCAUCCUAUUGGUAAUUGUGUGCACUAGUAUGCAGGGAACAAUCACCAAUGUACGCCCACGGCGAUAUAUACCAGUUCUGAUCUACAUCCGAACUGCUCUCUAUCUACCCGAACUGAUCUGGGCUAUCUUGGGUGUUGUCUUGGUCAAUGAUGAAACAAUGGGUUGCCCUGCCACCUUGGUUAAUACAAUUUCUAUAGCUGUCAUUGCAAGCUGGAUUUUCCUAUUAUUCACAGUGAUUGCAGUCCUCAUUGUCUUCGACCCUCUGGGCAGACCCAAGCGGUUGGGUUUGGCGGCGAACAAUGAGCAUAACCUGGAGAGCAGUGAGUCGUGGCAGCUGCUGUACACAGCCCGGUCCAUGGCAGCUCGGGUGUGGGAGUACAGGUUUAAAUUGCUGUGCUGCUGCAUUGCGAGGGACGCAGAUAUCCAAGCUGCCUUCACACACAUCGGGGAACUCUUCAGCAGCUUUUUCAUGGACACAGACCUGGUGCCCGGUGAUAUAGCUGCAGGGCUCUCCCUUCUGCAUCUGGAGCAGGAUAAGAUAGAGCAGAGCAGGGACCCGGAGGAUGUGGUUUGCACUGACCGACAGCCAGCAUCUGCUGCUGAGGAGCUGGAUGUGGAACUGGAGAAUGCUGCUCACUACAUGCAGUUUGCCGCCGCUGUCUAUGGAUGGCCCCUCUACAUCUUCAGUCACCCGCUGACCGGUGUUUGCAAGCUGAACCGUGACUGCUGGUGCUGCAGGAGCCAAGUUCUUGAGCAUGACGUAGUCGGUGGGGACUGCCUGAACUGCCACUUCAGCUCCAUGCUGCAGACCACGGGGCUGCAAUACCGCGACUUCAUCCACAUCAGCUGGCACAAUAAGAUUUACGAAAUUCCCUUUUUCGUGGCACUGGAUCACAAGAAGGAGGCAGUGGUGGUGGCUGUGCGAGGAACCCUUUCACUGGAGGAUGCGUUGACGGAUUUAUGUGCGCACUGUGAGGCGUUGAACGUUAGCAGGGUGACGGGAGAACGUUUGGCACACAAGGGCAUCCUCCAGGCAGCGACUUACAUUUACAAGAAGUUAAUGGACGACGGGAUUUUGAGCCAAGCCUUCGCCAUUGUUCCUGAAUACAAGCUGGUUGUGACUGGCCACAGUCUGGGGGCAGGGGCUGCCUCCAUCCUUGCCAUUAUGCUUCACACCUCCUACCCAGAGCUGCGUUGCUAUGCGUUCUCGCCACCAGGAGGACUGCUGAGCAAGGCGCUGUCUGAUUACAGCAAAGGAUUUAUCCUGUCUGUCGUCUUGGGCAGAGAUCUUAUUCCAAGGCUGAGUCUCCCUAAUGUCGAGGACCUGAAGAAACGGAUACUCAGGAUAGUUGCCCACUGCAACCGACCCAAGUAUCAGAUCCUCCUGCGGGGCUGUUGGUACGAGGUUUUCGGCGGGGAUCCCAACAGGUUCCCCAUUGAGCUGACCGACGAGCACCAGGCACAGUUAACCCAGCCGCUGCUCGCCGAGCAGAACCUGGGCUGCAGGCAGUCGGGAUCCAGCGGCAGCGUCUCCGACACGUCGCCUCCCUGCUCCCCGUUCCAGGGGCCGCCGCUCUUCCUGCCGGGGAGGAUCAUUCACAUCGUGGAGGAACGCAGUGUUGGAUGCCUCUGCUUUUCCAAGGUGAAGUACCACGCCGUGUGGCGUGACGCCUCUUCCUUCGAUAGCAUCCUCAUCAGCCCCAAGAUGAUAACGGAUCACAUGCCGGACCUUCUGCUGAAUGUCCUGCAGGAUCUGACACGAGAGACUCCCUUUGUCCUCUGUCCCUCGCCUGACGCUGCGCAGAGUGAGACCCUCCGCGUCUAGCUGUGCCCUGGAGCCUCUCGACGUGACUGGAGCUGAGCCAUGGGCGUGCUGGGAGAGAACAGAGUGGUUUUACACGGGGCUGUGCCUGCCUGUCGAGCUUGUUGCUAUGCCUGUGUCCCUGUUGUGUGGACUCCUUGCAUCUGUCUCAUGUUCUGUACUUAAUGGACUUCUUAGACUGAAAACUAUUGUUCUGAGUUAUUGAACACAUUCACCUUAAACAAUAUAAUGGAUCUAAUCACUUAUAUUAACGCUGAGCACUUUGUAGUGGUGGUAAGAUGAGGAGAAUUGAACAGCUCUUUCAAUAAGAACUAUUUGAGUGUACCAGGCCAAAAUAUUUCUUCUGAUCUCUCAAAAUGGAGUUUAUGUGGAUUAGUUUGACUUUUAUAAAUCUGAAUGUGUAAAAUCGUAUUGUAGAACCGAUAAUAUUUAUUUCCUCAGUUUGGUGAUGGGUUCGGCUGCAGCCUUGUGGGAUGUGGGCAGUUCCACACGAGCCUCGACUCCUCUCCCUGCCCAGUUGUGUGUGCGGCUGAGAUUAGAUGUUCCCUCUCAGCUUGGUCCAUUCAUGUGUCUGUGAGGUUUGCCCAUGGGAUGUGGGUGCUGCUGGCUUUUAUUGUCUGUCACUUGUACGAACUGCUUGUUGGGUGUCCUCGUCAGAAAGUCGGAGAUGCACGAAGGCCAGAGCAGGGGGGAGGCAGAUGCAGUGGACUGUCAGAACCCCCAGCAGGCUCACUCGUGUCAUCGCAGUUCCUGAAACCCAGACUUGGUUCAGUAACAUCCUUUGAUCUCCAACCAAGCAUCACCACAGCUUCUGUACUACACCUUUUUCAGAUCCUGUUUGGGACUGUUGACUGGCCGCUUCCUUCAAUAACUGCCCAGUCUGAGGGCUAUUCCUCUUUAACAGCCGCAGUAGUCUGGGCUGGGGGCGGGGGGGAAUAAAAAAGCUGCCAAGGCUGCACACCUUGUGUUUAAUGUCAGUCCAGUGAAAAAUCACAGCAGCAGUUGUCCUGUUUAUUCCUCUCACCUUGUCCUGUCCCUUGGCCUCGGAUGUUAUGUGCUGUGUCCGUGGGUGCCCAGCCUCCGUGUGCUUCCAUCCCCGCGUUGAGGUGCUGAGUCAUUGGCCAAGGCUUCUGAGGCAGCGAAGGAUUUGUUUUCCUGGAACGCUGGCUGUGAAGGAGUCUUGUGUCAGGUGGUGGACUGUGUGAUCAGAGCCUGAGGCAGUUGCUGGUGGUGGCUCCCCUGUCUCUAUUGCUUGACUACAUGAAACCAUAACCAAAGGUGUGGAGAUGUAGGGCACUGGUGUGUGUGGGGCUUGUGGUAACCUCAAGCUCUCCAGUACCUCCCUGCUGACUUGUGUGUGACAGCUCUCACCGUGGGCUACAUGAAGCUGUACCCAGAAACUUUAACUCCCUCCAUGUUUUUGUCCCUAGCUGUUGAAAUUCCACUAUUGCAGAGACUGGGUACCAGUGGUAUCAGGACUGAGCUCCUCCUGCUGGGUGUAAGUCACUGGUUGGCCUUGCAUAGUGAUAGUUUCACUCUCAAGCAAGAACAGAACCAAUCUUACAGAAAGCUUCAACAGCGAGAGGGUGGUGACGACCUCGGAGCUGGUAGAUUGUUGCGUUGUGGAUACUUUACAUGCAAAGUUCAUUGCCCAACUUUUUUUUAAUUAUACAAUUAUAUGGUCUGUCUGCUAAUUAAAUCUCUCAGCAGAUGGUGGUGGGCACUGUCGCUCAGCUAGGCUCCUGCCUUGUUUUGCUUUUUAUUUAUCAUUACAUCAGCAUCAGCCGUGCCCGGUCACCACUGCAGAAAGUUGAGAUGCUGGCUUGUAGCUCAGUGCCAGAAUUUAUGAAUGGAAGCAGUUGAUGCCACAGGCAGCAGACAUGUGAACCCCCUGCCUCCACCCCUCUGCUACUCACUGGACUCUCUAUUUUUUACAAAAGACUUUUACAAGAAAAAAUCAAUGCUUAACCAUCAGUUAACAUUUAAGUAAUCAUGAGAAGUUUGCUUUUAACUUAUCAGAGCCCAAGAAAAUGAAACUAUUGGAAAGUCAAUGUACGUUCAGCUUUUAAAAUUGAACUCCAGUAAUUGAUUCUCAGGAGGUGUGGGCCAGUGAUGUUUAAUCCUGAUCUAUAGACGUUCAAUAAUGUAAAGGAGGUUCCAUACAUCAUUCCAGUUAAUGUACAAAAUAAAAGUUUAUAAAUGUUG